GAGUGUCUGCUCCGCGACGCGACCGCAGUCAGAAGAAGAGCCGAGGGCUGCUCCAGGUGGCUCCGCCCCUCGCAUUCGCGGGUCUUCCUCCCAGAAGUUGGCCAAGCUCACGCCCCGCAUCCUGUUUCGCCUCUUCCGAGGCCCAGCCCGUGAACAUGGCGUCCGCCCGCGGGUUGUGGGGCUGUGAGGACCCGAGCCGCUGGGCCGCCAUCCUGGCGCGCCACGAGGAGGUGGUGCGAACGCGCGCGGGCUCCCAGCGGCAACUAGAAGCCCUGGACCGAUGGUAUCGAGAGGAUUUGCCCGCAGCCAUCGAGGGCCGAGCGGAGAAGCACGUGACACGAGACGAGCUGGAGCGGCUGCUGGCCUGGAAGCUGGCGAGGGGCCGUUUCCGGCCGCGCCUGCAACAGCUGGUGGCCACCAACCCCCCGGAGCUGGUGGUGAAGCGCUCCGCCGCUGCCUUCAACCUCCUGCCAGACAUGCAGGCAGCGGUCACAGAAUUGUGCGCCCUCAGGGAUGUGGGCCCCGCCACUGCCUCGGCGGUCCUGGCUGCUGGAGCUCCUGAGGUGGCAGCCUUCAUGUCUGAUGAGGCCGUGUCCUCAGUUCCUGGCCUGCCAGCCCUGCAGUACACUCUCAAACACUACUUGCUGUACCUGCGCCAGGUGCAGGAGCGUGCCACAGCCCUAAAUGGAGGUAGUACCUCAGGGUUGUGGACCGCUCAUCGUGUGGAGACAGCAUUGUGGACCUGGGCUGUGGGGCAGAAGCUGUGCCCCCAUCUGCUGCCCAACCUCAGCCCCAGCUCGGCCACCCCUGAGGAUACCAGGCCAUCCAAGAAACACAGGACCCAGGCCAACUGAACUUGGCUGUGGCUCAGGACCUGCUCACCUGCUGUGUGACUGCAGAAGCUCAAUAAAUGCCUGCUAAACUCA